UUGUGGACGAGCGGUCGCCGUCUAGUCGGAGCAGUUGUCGCCACGUUGCGACCUUGUUUUCAUUCUUUUUGUGCGAUGAUAAGCUGUGCUAUUUGUGUGAGCAAGCAGUGAAAUGGAGAAGUGUUUUGUGCCACGGUGCAAAUCUGGCUACAAGACCUGCACUGAAAACGUGUCGCUUUUUGCUGCACCCCGAGAAGUGGACCGCCUGAAGAUUUGGCGCCAUGCGAUUGCGCGCAAGGACCGCGUGCUGCAGUCUACGGACUACGUGUACGAGAAGCACUUCGAGCCGCGGUACGUGACUAAGACGUGGGAAGCAGUCUACAAAGGACACGUUCUUGUGAGUGCCCCACAAAAGGCGGCUGUGGCAAAAGACGCCGUGGCGACGACGUCUCCUUGCGCACCCAUGCCACUAGGGGGAAUGCGGCACUGCCGCUCGUGGCGCGGUACUCUUAAGCCGGAACCGCAUGGCGCGUUUUUCGCGAGCGAAAAACGUGACGGGCGGCAAACGCCCGCGUUGCCGUCGACGCGCGAGCACCCGUACGAAAAGAAGGAGCGGCGCUUUCGCGCCGCGUUUUCCGGGUUGCCAGACAACCUGGCUCCCAACAACAUGAAUUGUCUUUUUUACUGCAUAUAUUAUAUGCCCUUAAACUUGCAGAAUAUUACGAGAAAAACAAUCCUCGGGUAAUUAGACAGCGACAUCUUUUUCUGAAGUGUAUUUACGAAGCUUAAUUUCAAGCAGCAAGGUUGUGUGCGAAACUGCGACUAUGUACCUUCCGCAUGCUGAGAGGCCGCCGCUUGUUUACAACUUCGCCUGGAAAAUGGAGUGUCGGCCGCUUACUACCGAACAGAAGAGACGAUUGCUACUAAUAAGGGGGAUGCUUAUACUGAAGCAAGAACAAAUGCGGGUCAGGAGGUCUAUGUGGGUGCGGCCUGCAUGGUUGAGAAGAAAGCAAGAGAGCGAGUACCAUACACUGUUUCAGGUUAUGAGGGAACAGGAUCCGGAGCUCUUCUUCAAAUAUUAUCGAAUGACCCCCGAACUCUUUGAUAUAAUUCAUGGCCGUGUGCGGGAAAGGCUCACAAAGAUGCACGUCGUACAGUAGCCCAUCUCAUCUGGCGAACGUCUGGCUAUGACAUUAAGGUAACUAACUGUACUGUUCACUUUGUAUGUGUGCUUGAUUAUUUGACACUGACACAUUUCUCACAGGCAAGUUGUCCAGCCAAAUGCAGAUGUAUGUAAUGUGCAGAUAUAACUCAGAUAUGCGCAACACCUUGGUGGUGUGAUAUCGAUUGAUGGUCUUUCGUUUUUAAGAAUGAAUUAACACCGUCCUGCUGAUACUGAACCUGAUUAAAAGUACGGCUCAAGAAUUGCAUUUAAAAUAAUGCUUAAAUUACCUAUAAAGCAUGUGCUGCAUGGUUUUGGGUGUUAUUGUUGUUCUGAAAAGACAUCUGUGGAAGAAUGGACGUAUGUUUGUACUUUUUACAUACAAUGCUUGGCACGCGUCAGGUAUCUAUGUUCACGUAAUGCCAUUGUUGACAUCGCCAAGGACUUCCGUGUCGGGCUGGAGACUGCACGAGAAGCGAUCCACUUGACUCUCCAAGUGCUGUGGGAUGAUCUCGCUCCUCAGUAUAUGAAGCCUCCAAAUGAGCAAAUGUGGCGGAACAUUGCUGAUGGCUUCUGGAAGCGGUGGCAGUUUCCGAACUGCCUCGGAUCAGUGAAUGGCAAACACGUUCAGAUUGUGGCACCAGCAAACUCUGGCAGCCUAUACUACAAUUAUAAGGGCACAUUUUCAAUCGUGUUUAUGGCUGUAGCAGACAGCGGAUAUCUGUUUCGUCUCGUCGACGUUGGGGCUCCUGGCCGCAUAAGUGAUGGAGGCGUCUUCAAACGCUGUCCAAUUGGCCGACAACUGCAUGCUGGCCUGCUGCAGCUGCCUUCGCAUUCACAGCUGCCUGGCUCCCACAAAACACUCCCGUUUGCCUUUAUAGGGGACGAGGCUUUUCAGCUGCGAGAAGACUUCAUGAGACCAUUCCCUGGAUAUAGGGAAGACCCUGCUGAGCGAAUAUUCAAUUACCGUCUGAGCCGUGUACGAUGUGUAGAGAAUGCCUUUGGCAUUCUGCGGGCACGGUUCAGAAUCUUUCGUGGCCCCAUCAACCUGAGUCCCGAAAACGCCAAACGGGCUGUGAAGGCAGCGUGUGUGUUGCACAAUUUUUUGUGCAUGGAGUCCAACGGUCGCUCUUCAUAUAGCCCAGUUGGAUUUGCCGACCAUGAAGAUGUAUAUGGCAAUAUGAUUGACGGUGCGUGGAGAGCAACAACCGACACUGAUUCGGCAACAUUUGGCCUGCAGCCAACGCAUGCGCGGAAGUGUGCUCACUCGGCAUUGCAGGUUCGCAAGCAGUACGCAGCGUACUUUGCGAAUGAAGGAAAAGUUCCCUGGCAGUGGAAAUUACUGGAAAUUGAUGAACCCGCUGAUGAAGAAGUGCAAGAAUAGUGACUCAAUAUUGUGUAACUAUUCGUCUGGAAAAAG